AUGCCUCUCUGUGCAAAGUUCCUCAAGGAACUCAUCAACAAGAAAAGGAGCUGGAAAGAAAAAGAAACCGUGAUCCUGACCCAAGAAUGCAGUGUUGUGAUUCAGAAAGGCCUGCCACCUAAACUCAAAGAACCAAGGAAUUUCUUCAUACCAUGUACCAUUGGGAACAUACCAAUUGAUAAAGCUCUGUGUGACUCGGGUUCAAGCAUCAAUUUGAUGUCCCUUUCGAUGAUGAGAAAGCAAUCAAUAGAAGAAGUGAAGCCAACCAGAAUGUCACUACAGCUAGCUGAUAGAUCCCUCAUAAUACCCAAUAGAGUGGUGGAGAACCUUCUAGUCAAAGUUGGCAAGUUCAUCUUUCCUGUGGAUUUUGUGAUUUUAGACUUAGAUGAGGAAAGAAGUGAUUCGAUCAUAUUGGGAAAACCCUUUCUAGCAAUAGCAAGAGCCAUCAUUGAUGUAGAAAAAGGAGAGAUGAUUUUGAGGGCACACGAUGAACAAAUAACUCUCAAUGUCUUCAAAGAAAUGCAACUCCCUGCUGAAAAGAAAAACUGCAUGAGGAUUGAGGAUGAGGACUUAAAUUUGAAGGAGAAGCCCAAGGAAUCACUCAUAAACUCACCCUUGAUGGAGAAGUCUGAGAUUGAAGAGAAGCAAAAGGAUCAAGAGAACUAG